CAGCACAGUGGAUGGGGAAAACACUGCUCUUUGCCAUAUUUGUUUUGAGCCCACAUGCCUCACCAAAAAUCCUGAGAAUUGUCCAUGGUGAUUUCUAAAUCAAGUGCCACCGGGUGGAGGAAGAUCACAUCAUCAGCAUAAAGAGAAAUAUGGUUAUGAACUGAAUUUUCCGUUAGAGGCUCCAACAAUCCAACAUCAGCAGCCUUCUUAAUUAAGUAGCCCAAUACAUCCAUAACCUUGGAUGAAUAGCAUUGGGGAGAGAGGGUCCCCUUGCCGAAGACCUCUUCUAUGAAGAAUUUUACGGCCUGGUUUACCAUUAAGCAUUACUUGAGAAAAGGCUGAAGCAAGAAGAAUGCUAACAAUAUCGUACCAAAUUUGCCCAAGACCUCUAGGAGGAAGGGCCACGAGACAGAGUCAAAAGCUUUGGUGAUAUCCAACUUAAGGAGGAUCCUUGCACAUUUUUUCUGGUGAAGCAUUUUGGUUGUCUGUCGCACAAGCAAAAAGUUGUCUAGGAUGGAUCUGCCUUUAAUAAAUGCACUUUGAUUCUGAGACACCAUAUUAUCAAGGUCAGCCAGCCUAUUUGCCAAAAGUUUAGUAAUGAGCUUAGCAAAGGAGUGGACCAAGCUUAUGGUCCGAAAAUCCUACUCUUCUAUUCCAUUCACAUCAAGUGGAAUAAACUUGUACAGAAACCAUAUGAAGAAGGUGAUGAAAGGGGCUUAAAGCUACUGCAGUCCAUUUUGAAGCCAAUAAUGCUGAGAAGGACUAAAAAUUGCACAGACAAGGAGGGCAGGCCAAUCCUUAAUUUACCCCCUGCAAACAUUGAAGUAAAAUACUGUGUUUUAUCUGAGGCUGAGAAGGAUUUCUAUGAAGCUCUAUUUCGAAGAUCUAAGGUAAAAUUUGAUCAAUUUGUUGAGCAAGGAAGGGUUCUGCACAACUAUGCUUCAAUUUUGGAGUUACUUUUGCGCCUAAGGCAAUGCUGUGAUCAUCCAUUCCUUAUUAUGAGUCGUGGGGAUACAAAAGAGUAUGCAGACCUAAACAAGCUUGCAAAGCGUUUUCUGCGUGGUGGUAAUGGUGCUGUUAAUGGUGAUUCUUGCAUCCCCUCUAGAGCUUAUAUCAAACAGGUUGUCCAAGAAUUGCAAAAGGAUGAAGGGGAGUGCCCUAUUUGUCUUGAAGCCUUUGAGGAUGCAGUAUUAACUCCCUGUGCUCAUCGUUUAUGCCGAGAGUGUCUCUUAUCUAGUUGGCGGAGUGCGACAGCAGGCCUUUGUCCUGUCUGUAGAAUGUCAAUGAGCAAGCAGGACCUUAUAACUGCUCCUACUGAUAACCGCUUUCAAAUCGAUGUCGAAAAAAAUUGGGUUGAAUCUUCCAAGAUAUCUGCUCUCCUGCAGGAGUUGGAAGCUCUUCGCAGUUCAGGCGCCAAGAGUAUCGUGUUUAGCCAGUGGACUGCUUUUUUAGAUCUGUUGCAAAUUCCACUUUCUAGGAAUAAUUUCUCAUUUGCUAGGCUGGAUGGGACGUUGAAUCUUCAGCAAAGGGAGAAAGUUAUAAAGGAGUUCUCAGAGGACAAAGGCAUUUUGGUUCUGCUUAUGUCUCUGAAGGCUGGAGGUGUUGGAAUCAAUCUUACUGCCGCUUCUAAUGCAUUUGUCAUGGACCCUUGGUGGAAUCCUGCUGUGGAAGAACAAGCUGUCAUGCGCAUCCAUCGAAUUGGUCAAACGAAGACUGUUUCUAUCAGAAGAUUCAUCGUGAAGGGCACUGUCGAAGAACGAAUGGAGGCUGUGCAGGCUCGAAAGCAGCGAAUGAUUUCUGGAGCUUUGACUGACCAAGAAGUCCGCACUGCACGUAUAGAAGAACUGAAGAUGCUUUUCUCCUGAGACUACAAAAGGGCUGUUGUGCAUCGGAUGGUCGGCAAUUCGGCAUGGCUAAAACAAGAUGGCUGGUAGCCAGAAUGUUGGAAGGUAAGACGAGGGUAGGAAAUUGCACGCCCAAAUAUCUUGGCGUUUAGCUGCUGUUGUGCGCACGAUUUGUACAUCAUGAAUGGUUAAUGGCUGACAAGAGUCCAAGACGCUUCAUUGAGUGAAAAUCGAAAGCAUCAUCUCAAAAUUGAAUAUUUCUGUUUGGGUUUUGUAUAAGUAGAUAAACUGAACAUUUGCAGUAAUACGAAGGCAGCUACCUGCUCGAUCAUUAAUUUAACAAUAAAUAAAUUUGGUAAGGUGGUCAA